GAAGAGGAGGAGGAGGAGGAGUAGAAGCAGCAGCAGUAGAUAAUCCCAGCAGCAGCAAUUAUCUAAAUGAAAAUGCGAAAUCAUCAAGAAAACGGAAAUCAUCAGCAGAGCUCAGCCACGACGACAGCAAUAGUAGCAACAGCAACAGCAACAAUAACAGCAACAACAACAGCGACAGCAGCAGCAACAACUACGACAGCAACUGUGACAAUGCCUUUGGAUAGCACCAAAAUGGACAACGCCAAUGGCAAUCACAACAGCAACAUCAGUAACUCCAACAACAACAACAACAACAACAACAAUCACAACAGCAACAUCAACAACAUCAACAACAACAACAUCAGCAGCAACAACAGCAAUGGACAAAACGACAAACUGUCCAAGUUGUUGCUGCCCGCACUUAAGAACAACUCCAAGGAUGCCUCGCUAACCCAAUCACAAUCACAGUUGCAAUCACAGUCGCAGUCGCAGUCACAGUCGCAGUCGCAGUCACCGUCACCGUCACAGUUGCAAUUGCAAUCGCAGCGUAGGCAACAGCAAUUUACGCCCCUCAAUGUUUUGGAUGCGGCCAGCAAUGCCAGCUUUAGUUCCGCAUCAGUUGCCGGCUCCAUACAGGAUGAAAUGCAGCUGCCACCCACGCAGCAACAGUUGCAGCAGCACAAGCAACAAUCGCUGCAGCAUUUGGAUCAAUGCGGCCUCACGCAAGCCGGCCUGGAGGAAUACAACAUACGUGCCUCGUCCUACUAUGACCAGACAACGUUCCAUCAUCAGAAGCAGGCGUCCUAUGCACAGUCCGAGGGCUACCACAGCUACGUCUCCAGCUCCGAUAGCACGUCGGCAACACCGUUCCUAGACAAAUUACGUCAGGAGAGCGAACUGCUCUCGCGCCAGUCGCAUCAUUGGUCUGAGAACGAUCUCAGCUCUGUUUGCAGCAAUUCGGUGGCUCCCUCGCCCAUUCCGCUGCUCAAUCGACAAUGCAACAGCCACGGCAACGGCAGUAGCAACAGCUCCCAGCAUCACAGCCCCAAUAGCAACAACAACAACAACAACAACAGCUCUGAGAGCACCUCCUCAACGGAAACGCUGAAAUGGCUUGGCUCAAUGAGCGACAUUUCAGAGGCGAGCCAUGUGACGGGCUACAGUGCCAUUGCCGAAUCGGUUUCCUCCUCGCAGCUGAUUGUGCACAGCUCCCGGGUGCUGACGCCCAAGCGGCAUCAAAGCGAGAGCGUGCUCUAUCUGCACGACAACAGCGAGCCAACAGCAGCAGCAGCAGCAGCAGCAACAGCGACAGCAACUCCUGCUGCUGCUCCUGCUGCCGCUCCUGCUUCCACGGCAGCUGCAUUGCCCGCCAGCCAGUCGAUCUCAGAGGAUGUGAUGCCGCCGCUGCCACGCAUCGAGCAUCGUCACAGUCCCAGCUAUCCGCCGGUGCACACAUCCAUCGCGCUGCAUCGCUUCCAGCAGCAGCAGCAGCAGCACUUGCCAAACAAUUACAAGUUGAGCGCACAAAGUUCCUUGCCCGAGCUGGAGACAACAGCAGGAGCAGCGGCAGCAGCAGCAGCAGCGCAAGAGUCUCGCUCCCACCUGGGCCAAUCCCAGUCGACAGGUGACCUGCAGCUGCACAAGUCAAGCAUUUCGGUGACCAUAUCGAGCAGCGAGGCGGUGGUCACAAUCGCGCCGCAGCCGCCGCCCAGCAAGCCGCAGCUCAGCAAGCUGGAGCUGCACAGCUGCAGUGCACCCAAUGUGGCCAUCUCGAGCAGCAGCAACAGCAGCAGCAGCCACUCGCCAACCUUUUCCAGCACCGCCAACGACUCGUAUCGCAGCAAUCAUCGCCUGUUCCCCGUCAGCACCUACACCGAGCCGCUGCAGAGCAACAGCUCGCAGUAUGUGCAGCAUCCGAAGCCGCAGUUUAGCGCCAAUCUAAACAAGUCCAUCAAACACCCUGUGAUAACGCCCGCUGGGUCGGCUGUGCAGCCCGCCUGGCAUUCGGUGGCUGAGCGCAUCAACGACUUUGAGCGCAGCCAAAUGCUGGAGACACCGAAGUUUGGCUACCUGGAGCCAAGCAAAACCCAUCGGCUAUCGAAUCCCGCGCUCAAGGCGCUGCAGAAGAAUGCCGUGCAGUCCUAUGUGGAGCGCCAGCAGAAGGAGGAGCAACAGCUGCUGCGCUCUCAGUCGCACUCGCAUUCGUAUCAGGCGCUGCAGCAGAUCGAACGCAAAUCGCUGCCCAACAAGCUGAGCCCAUUGAUGGUGGGCUUGCCCAGCACCAACUCCAACUCCAAUUCGAACUCCAACUCCAAUUCGAACUCCAACUCGAACUCCAACUCUGGCUGCAGUUCACCCACACCGCCGCCGCCGCCGCCUCGCUCCCGCUCGCUGCUGCCCAAUCUGCUGCGUCGCUCCAGCUCCGCCUCGGACUAUGCGGACUUUCGUGAGCCGCAGCAGCAGACGCAGCAGCUGAAGCCGCCGAGCAUACGGAACAUAAGCAGCGCUGAGAAAUUGUCGUUCAAUGAUUGUGGCAUGCCGCCGCCGCCGCCACCGCCGCGCGCUCGCAUUGCCAUGCCCACGCGCCGCACCUCCUCGGCCACGGAAUAUGCGCCAAUGCGGGAGAAAUUGCUGCUGCAGCAGGCAGCGGCGCUGGCCCAUCAGCAACAUCAUCCGCAACAGCAUCCGCAACAGCAUCAGUCGCAUCAGUCGCAUCAGCCACAUCACUCACAUCAUCCACAUCAGCCGCAGCUUCAUCAUCGUCCGGUGCAGCAUGUGUAUGAGCGGCCGCCCGAACGUCCGCCUAAGCAGCCCCAUUUGCGUGUGCCCUCGCCGGAGCUGCCGCCCCCGCCGCUGGGCGCCGAGCUGGAUACGAGCUAUACGUUCGAUGAGCCGCUGCCCCCACCACCGCCGCCGGAAGUGCUGCAGCAGCGGCCGCCGCCAUCGCCGAAUCGUCGCAACAGCUUUGCGGGCGCAGCCACAGCGAAGCCCACGCUGGCGCCGAAGGUGCCGCCGCAGGUGCCCAAAAAGCCAACGAGCUUGCGGCAGCUGCCACAGCAGUCGCUGUCCAAUGGCGCCGUCAAGCCCACAAAUCUGCCCACAACAAACAGCCGCAAGCGGCCGCACAACAAUCCGCCGCCCAUCCUGGAGAGCGCCGGGGCACAGCCGGCGCCGCCUCCGCUGCUGCCGCGCGCUCGGCCCACGCCGUGCCACGCCGCUGACAGCGUGAUAGCCAGCAAUCUGGAGAGCAAUCAGCACAAGCGAUCGAACUCGAAGGCCUCGUAUCUGCCGCGUCAGAGCCUGGAGAAGCUGAACAACACAGAUCCGGAUCAUGGCAUCUAUAAGCUGACGCUCACCUCCAACGAGGACCUGGUGGCGCACAGCAAGCCCAGCUACGGCAUUGCGGCGGCAGCCGCUGCUGCGGGCAAGCUGAAAAUGCCCAACAAUUUGCCGGAUGUCUUGCCGCUGGGUGUGAAGCUGCAGCAGCAGCCGGUGAAGCCGAUGACGCCCAGUUCGCCGGGCGAUGUGGUUGUCGCCAUGCGCUACGGCUCCAAUAAUAAUCUCGCAACGAAUGCCACGCCCACGAAUGCAACGAAUGCUGUUGGCGGCAAUAAUACAGCCUAUGCCAUGAUCUAUGGCCAGACGAUGCAGCAGCCACAGCAUCCGCAGCAACAGCAGCAACGGUACUCGACGCCCACGAUGGGCCACGCCUACAGCAGCAAAAGCCGAUCGCCAGCGCCACAAUUUACGCGAUCUCAGUCGUACGAUGUGAAGCAACUGCAGUCCCUAAACGAUGCCACCACAUUCAUCUCCCAGUCACAGGUGGAUCUGAAGCAGGUUGCACAGAAUCUGGAGACGACGCUGGAGGAGGCAUCGCUGCCAGCGACACCGCCGCAGCUCCUCUCGCCGGCCAACUCCAAUUCCGACUGCAGCCUGAGCACCAGCUCACUGGAGUGCAGUCCAGUGAAUGGGAAUGCGAAUGUCAAUAACGAUGCAGCCGCACACAUCUUUCGGGCUGAGGUAGUUAGCACCACGCCGACAACGACGACGACGACGACAGCGACGCAGCCGAAGCCACCUGUCAGCCGGCAGGAGUCGUUGCGUGAGAACAUUGAGAAGAUAACACAGCUGCAGUCACAGCUGAUGUCAGCGCAUCUGUGUGAUACGGCGGGUCUGCUGAGCAGCUAUGGCAAGCCGAGCAGCAGCAACAGCAGCAGCUCCAGCAACUCAGUGGCUACGACAGAGCUGCAGCUGGUCAGCGUGGAGCUGCAGCUGACGGAUGAGGACGAUGCAAGUGACACGGAUAGCACGAAUUUAAUCAAGCAGCAGCUGCAUGCGCUGAUCAAGCAGUUGAACCAAAAAAUUGGCUCGCUCAAAAGUGAGCAGCAAACAAUUUGCGAUGAGUGCAGCAUUAAUGACAAACUGGGCCUCGAUUUGCUGGCCAAGUUAACGGAGAAGGUGCGUCCCAGCGAAGCCUCCAAGUUCCGCACCUACAUCGAUGAUGUGGGUCACAUAACCAGCCUUUUGCUCUCGCUCUCCGAGCGUUUGGCGCAAACUGAUAGCAGUCUAGAGACGAUUAGCAGCCAGCAGGAGAAGAGUACGCUGGCAGCGAAACGUGAACGUCUCUAUGAGCAGCUGGAGGAGGCGCAACGGCUCAAGUCUGACAUCGAUAGGCGUGGCAGCAGCAUUGCCAAACUGAUUGGCAAACAUCUCAACGUUGACAUGUGCGCCGAUUAUGAUUACUUUAUUAAUAUGAAGGCCAAACUGAUUGCCGAUGCACGCGACCUCUCCGACAGGAUCAAGAGCAGCGAGGAGCAGUUGAACGCCUUAAGCGAUGCGCUAGUCCAAAGCGAUUGCUAGCUGGGCUCUCAAUUCAAUUUUCCGUGCUGUCAACUUUAAGUUGAGGGCUGUUUGCGAGAAUUGCCUCAGCUGCUGGUCGGGCUGUGUGUAUUUAACUUAACUUAAUGUGCUUAAAAUUCAACCACAACACACACUAUAAUGUAUAAAUAUUUUAUGUUCAUUUGUGAUUUUCAAUUAGUAUGUAGGGUAAACUAUGUAUCAACCGCAUAUGUGUAAGCAAUUUUUUACAUAAUUAUCAAAAGCAAAGAUAAACUGUAUGCAUUAAUAAAAAUUUUAAAACAAUUUAAA